AUGUCCGGCUCUGCCCCGCCACCUGACGCGGCCUUCCAAGGAUUUAGGAGAAGGAGCAGCAGUGUUUCUUCAAGGACGAGUUCUCUUUCCCGGGAUUGUAGCGGCAGUUCCUCCGAUUUUUCGCCUCGGCACAGUCGGCGGCAUAGGAGUCGCCGCCGUCAAGAUCAAGAACACGUGCCGCCCCACCAUGUCAACAAACCGACUCAACUACAUGGAAGUGCACAGAAUCUUCCUCUGCACCAGGCAUCGGCUUCCGCGCCUACAGCUCCCGAACCUUCAUGGCGUUUAGUGUUGGAUGAGUUGGCGGUAUUGAAAGGUGAGGUAGCGAAACUUCGUGCUAACACACAUACUCACCCUCCUCCGUUACCUGAGGAUCAUCUUCCGGGUACUUCAGGAACACACCACACAGUUUCACCUCCAUUCUCGGGCUUUAAUGACUCCAGCAGCGAGGAUGGGGAGAUUAGAGAAGUGUCACAAAGGGGCAGUGUUUUGCAACAGGCAGCCAAGGCUUUGGGGCCCCCUGACAGUGUUUCUGCAGACAUUGACCAACAGGUGGCAGUUAUGGUUAAUCAAUUGUUUGACAACGGUAUGCAAGAGGAAGACUACAGGGCCAUGUUGGAGGAAUCAGCCACCAGACGACCAAACAACUGUCCUGCAUUGGCGCCUGUGGAAUGUAACCCGCAGAUUUUGGGUGCCUUAAAGACUGACGCGAAGAAAGCUGAUUUUCAUCUUAAGGACGUAAGUGGUGACAUUCUCAAGGCAGGUACCAUUUUAACUAGGUCACUUCUAGCCCUGGAUGUAGUGGCACAGGAGAGUGACCACCCCGCUGUUGUGCAGGAAGUAGGUAUGAUUAACGGCGCCUUGGCGUUGUUGGGUCAUGCCAAUCACAGGUUGAAUUUGGCUAGACGUUUUCUUAUGAAAAGGGAAAUUAACCAGAAAUAUUCCCACUUAUGUGCUGAUAAGGUCCCCAUGUCGCGUUUCCUGUUUGGGGAUGAUGUGUCUCAAUCGGCCAAGCAGAUCGAGGACACAGAAAAGUUAAAGAACAAGUUCUCCCUCAAGAAACCGGCAUACCCUUGGAAAACCACCAGUGGCAGGUCACGUGGCUACUGGGGGCGAACGUGGCAUAGAAACUCCGCAAUGAGGUUCCAACCCUAUGGCCUGCAGAGGUCAGGCGCCAGGAUGGGACAACGUCAACUACCAGCGCGGCAGGACGCGGACUCAAAAAACGCCAGGAGCCGGGGUCCACAGAGACCCCGGCAGUAGUGGAGGUGUUUGCAAAAGAUGCGUGCGGAAGGGACGACAGGGUGGAUAGUAGUGCCACUGUGGAUGUCGCAGCCAUGGAUGGGCACCCUGCUCAGGAUGUUGGUGGAUCACCCAAGAGUAAUCAUGGAGAAACACGGGGUCC